GCAGCUUGCUUGCCAAUCAGAGUGCGGCUGAGCGGCCGGACAGCCAACCCCGGAGGAGCGGCCGGCGGGCGGCCGCCGCACCCAGAGUUGGGAUGUCCUACAAACCCAUCGCGCCCGCCCCCAGCAGUACCCCCGGCUCCAGCACCCCCGGGCCAGGCACCCCGGUCCCUACAGCCGGAAGUGUCCCAUCGCCAUCGGGCUCAGUGCCAGGAGCUGCAGCACCUUUCAGACCACUGUUUAACGACUUUGGACCGCCCUCCAUGGGGUAUGUACAGGCGAUGAAGCCACCUGGUUCCCAGGGCUCUCAGAGCACCUACACGGACUUGCUGUCUGUCAUAGAGGAGAUGGGAAAAGAGAUCCGGCCCACCUAUGCUGGUAGCAAGAGUGCUAUGGAGCGCCUGAAGAGAGGCAUCAUCCAUGCACGGGCACUGGUCAGAGAGUGCUUGGCAGAGACAGAACGCAACGCCCGCACGUAACAGGAAGCACCUUGGCCUUUUCAUCGGGACCUUUCCGGCCACUGCAGAGCACCUGCUUCUCCUUGGCCUUCACCCCAAGUUGCUUCCUAUCCUGGGCUUCCUGUCCUGUGUCCCUUGGGGGGCAUCCUCCAGGAACCAGGUAGCAGAUCUUCCUCCAGUUGGGCUCCUCUCUCUGCAGGAGUGAGCAGAGAGGCCACCGCGAGUUCCACCCAUGACCUGCUCACAAAUCCGAUCCAACUGGAGCUUGCUCCUCUCUGUGGCUUCUUCUCAACUCUUAGUCCAGGCCCCCUCCCCCUCCAACGGGAGUGCAGAAGGUCACCUUGCCUCAUCUCUGGGGCCACAGCCGACUCUUUUUUUGGUGUGUCUUUUACUAAAUACGCCCUUUUUAUAUAAAUAAAAGAUGAUUUGGAGUCAUUCUCUCA